ACAUGAUCUGUCAAAUUACCGAAUCUAACGUCAUCCAAAAAGAAUUUUGUGAUUUUUUUUCAACACAAUCCAGUGAUUAAACUAAAUAUUUAGGAAAACCAAAGACAAUUUAAUUAGGAUGUAUUGUGGUGUUGAUAAUUAAUUUAUUGUAUAACGGUGUUAAGGUUAAAGUGGUCCAUAAUGUCGGAACAUCUCAGAGUUGGACAAAAAGUCAGACUAACCGGCAAAGAUGUGCAGGGAGUUGUCGCUUUUGUAGGUCCCACGAAUUUCGCAUCCGAUACUUGGAUAGGUUUAAAAUUGGACGAACCCAGAGGUAAAAACAACGGUACAGUUCAGGGUGUCGAAUAUUUUAAGUGCGAAGAGAAGCACGGCUUGUUCGUCAAACCCACCCAAGUCAUCCCCCUCGACGACCAUGGGAAACCCAUCAAGGAGUUUGCGGAGCCACGUACAAGACAUAGCAGCGUUGGUACAAAACCCAAACCCACUACAGUGCGUCGAAAGUCGUCGCCUCAAAAAAGACCCCCUUCUUUAUCUGCCUCAAGUUCACGGUUAUCUUUGGCCAGUAGUCGUCAAUCUUUGGCUGACAGUAGACAGUCGCUGUCGGGUAGUCGCCAAUCGCUUGCAGGCAGCCGUCAGUCGUUGGGAGGCAGUCGCAGCCAUCUGGCUUCACCUGUUGUCGAAAAACCGGAUACCGCAGAACAUGCGAGUCAAAUACCUAAACGCGCUUCGUUUAUUGAGACCGGAUUUGUCGAAACUCUGAAACCCCAGUUCACUCCAGGCCAAGUCAUUACAACAACACCCACACCCAUCACCUCCGUCGAGGAAAAAAUCAACAUGAUACAAUUACAACAAGAAAUGGAGAAUCGCAACCAACAAAUCCGCGACUUGAAUGAAAAAUUAGACACUUUAAAAAUCAAGCGACAAGAAGACAAAGAAAAAUUGAAGGAAUUUGAUAAAUUAAAAAUCCAACUAGAACAACUAAUCGAAUUCAAAUCAAAGAUAAUGGAAGUGCAAGCCAGCUUACAAAGAGAAUUGCAAAGAGCAAAACAAGAGGCCAAAGAUGCAGUCGAAGCCAAAGAAACGCACGCCGACGAAGUCGCCGACUUGGCCGAAGCAGUGGAGAUGGCGACCCUUGACAAAGAAAUGGCAGAAGAAAAAGCAGAAACACUACAGUUGGAGUUAGAAGUGUGCAGAGAAAAACUGGAGGAAGUGACUCUCGAUUUGAGGAUUCUCAAAACUGAAAUGCAGGAGAGAUCUGGAGGGACUUCUGGCGGCGGCGAGGAAAUGUCAACGUUCGAGGUGAAACAGCUGCAGCAGCAGAAUGCUAGAUUGAGGGAAACCUUGGUCAGGUUGAGGGAUUUAUCCGCGCACGAUAAGCACGAAUAUCAGAAAUUGUUGAAGGAUAUAGAUCAGAAGAAAUCGGAAAUUGUUGAACUGGGGAAAACGAAGGAGAAGUUGAGUGCUAGGGUUGAAGAGAUGGAGCAGCAAGUUGCGGAUCUGCAAGAGCAAGUGGACGCUGCUAUGGGCGCAGAGGAAAUGGUAGUCAUCCUCGGCGAGCAAAAGCUCACCCUCGAAGAAAAAGUCGCCCAAUUACGCGAAGAAGUGUCCGAUUUGGAAGCCCUGCAAGACAUGAACGACCAACUUGUCGAAAGCAACGCCGAACUCGAAGCGGAACUCCGCGAGGACCUAGAUAUGGCUCGAGCCGCAGUGAAACAAGCGAUGCGUGAUCGAGACGCCGCACUUGAAACUAUAGCCGACCGUGAAGCCACCCUUGGUAAAUUCCGGGAGCUGGUUCAGAAGCUGCAAGAACAGUCGCUACAGUUACAAAGUAAGCUCGAAACCGAGACGAACAAGCCGGUUUCGGCCUUACCUGAAAUCGUUGAUUUUACUAAGAUGUUUAACGAGACCAAGGCGCACACUAAGGCUAUAGAUUUGGAGUUGCGACGGGUGGAUAUUCAACAGUUGCAGGGUCAUAUUCGAUAUUUGACGGCUUAUAUGCCGGAUUCGUUUAUGAAUAGGGGAGGCGAUCAUGAUGCGGUGUUGGUUUUGUUGUUAAUACCGAGGAUGAUUCAUAAGAGUGAGAUACUGUUAGGGCAGAUUAAGGAGAAGUUUGCUCCUAUUGAGAAGAUUGAUAGGGCGGCUAUUUUGAAGGGGCAUAAAGUUGAACAGUUCUCUUUCAGGUGCAGGGCGUCGUUCUACAUUUAUGCUUUACAGUCGAUUUUGCACCAAUACCACUACGCUCUAAAUGCGUGCAAAACCGAAGCACUUCUCAAAGUGGGUGCAACCUUCCCAGAGAUGGCAGCACACGAGAAAAUCAUCGACGGUUUCGUCGAACUGGUCAAACGUGACCAACUAGACGAAAACGUGCCAACAGAAGCACUCGAAAAAUGUGUUAGUUACUACAACACUCUAUUUCCUGUGCUUCUAGGGCCCGAGAAUCGUCUCAAUCACACACAGCUGCUUGUUGACAACGUCAAAAGCUUACUCUGUGCAUGUGAUGGUUUUAAUAACGACUCCAUGGUCAUUAGGAAUCUUAUCGAAACUAGUAAUGUUGGCGACAUUGGAUUGUUGGCCCAACACCUAAUUACAACAAGUGAACAUCUACAGCAACAACUGAAAUUGAUCAAACGUCGCAUUCCACCAGAUACCCGUGUAGCGAAUAUCGGUCUUAGUAAGGAAGUAUUUGAUAAUUUAUACCAGUGUUACCAACAAUCGGGGCGCAUAUUUAGAACGUUGCAAGAUAUAGUCAAGAAUGCUGUGCAGAUCAUGACUUCGAGUGGAGAGUUUGAAAAAGGGCUGCCACAAGAUAAAAUUAAAGAAAUUGCUCUCAAUGCUAGCGAUAAAGUGUAUGAACAGGAUGAUUUAGGUCCUGUUCAAAGUGUUAAAAAUUCCUUGAGUUUUAUUGUAACGCAAGUCACCCAAAUCGCACAGUUCCUGCAAGAUAAUGAGUAUGAAAUAGCUACUGCUAGCAAAAAAGAGGAGAAGAGUAUUCCUCCAAUCCAAGUAAGAGCAGACACCGUAAAAAAAGAACUCGAACAAACAAAAACCUUAACAAGCAAACUAGAGAACAAAGAAUCCGAUAUAAAAGAAUUACGUAAAGCUCUCAAAGAAAAACAAGAACAGCUAUCCGAAAUGACCAUCCGCAAAGAACUCGCAGAGAAAAAACUCGGGAACGUCAAUAAAGACUACGAAUUAACAAUCGAAAAACUGCAAAGAAAACUCGAAGAAGCCCACAACAACUUCAAAAAGAAAGAAAAAGAAUUCGAGGAAACUCUCGAUCACUUACAGACCGACAUAGACUCCCUCGAAAACGAAAAAGGCGAAAUGAAAGAAAAACUAAAACUGCUGUCAAAGAAAACACAGAUGGAGUUAUCAAUGUCGAAGAGUACUUCCGGUUCGCAAUUAUCUUCACUACAAUCCUCGAUUGGGCCGAGUUUGCCUGCCGUCGUCAGAGACUCGCCGCUUCUUCUGCAAGAAAUCGAUAAUCUUCGUAAACUCUUCCACCAGGAGAGAAACGAACGAAUUAAACUGGAAACUGAUAAGUUGAAGAAGGAGUUAGAUAGCUUGUCUCCGCUACCUUCAUUUAGAACAACGCCAGAUGAAAUUUUGGAUAAGUUGUUCAAAGAGGGCGCUGCUUUGAAACAGGAGAUUCUGAUGAGUUUGGCCAAACCGAAUUUCCCGCAAAUUUAUAAGGUUAAAGCGGGAAAUGGUCCUGCGGCUUGGCAGAAACAUUUCGCCGAAGAGAGAGAUAAAAUGCUGGAUCUUGGACGAAGGGCCAAGGAUUUCCAGAGUAAAGUGGCCAAUGAGAUUGUUCGGAGGAAAUUGGGCGGGAAAGUAGAGGCGGACUUCACCGUUUUCCCGACCAUAGAAAUGGUGAAGGCGUUGGGUGAAAGUAAGCCAGUGAAUGUCGGCUUUGUGAAAAUUCCGAAGGGCUGUUUGCCGGGAAAUGAAAAACCUGGAAUCGUGAAUCUGGAAUUGGAUUUCCAAAACUUACAGAAAGUCUUACAAUCGCUAUCCUGUUAAUUUAUUUAUGGUGCUUUAACUAUACUUAACUAAUUUAUUGUUUUAAUAUUUUUUAUGAUUAAGGUAAUAAAACUGAGUUAGAGUAAA